UCUGGGAUUUGUGGUCCCGGGAAAGGGACUGGCCGACCUUAAGGGCUUUGAGAGUCGCCUCUUCCCUACCCGCUUCUCUGAGCGGCUCCGACGCCUCGGGUCGGCCAGGCCAGUUUCUUGAGAGACCUGGCAUCAAAGGCAGGCAGGUAGGAGGUCGGGCAUGUUAGUUUCCGCUUCCGGUCGGUAAAGGGCAAGCACAAUGUAAACACGGGACCAGGGGAGUGGUCGUUAGGUAACUGAGGGUACGCUGACCGUGGUGGAAGCCCGGGAAGAGGAGGAAAACGAGGCUGGUGGGUCUUGUGGUUAGGGGAGAAAGGACCUUCAGAAGUCGGAGUUGAGACGCGACGGAGGUGCGGCAGAGCCGGGACGCUAAGCGUUCCCACAGUACCUGGUUCCUCACAUUGCUGCUUUAGGAACAGAGUUCAUUUGGAAACUUGAAGAAUGGCUUCCUUUGGAUGGAAGAGAAGAAUCGGGGAGAAGGUCUCAAAGGUCACUUCACAGCAGUUUGAAGCCGAAGCUGCUGAUGAGAAGGAUGUAGUUGAGAAUGAAGAAGGGAGCUGGCUUCAUGCGGUUAAACGCAGGAAAGAAAGUCUCCUCGAGGGCUGUGUUGAGAAAAGUAAGCAGCUGAAGGAUGAAGGAGCCAGUUUGGUUGAAAAUAAAAGGUAUCGAGAGGCGAUUCAAAAAUGGGACGAAGCACUGCAGUUAACCCCAGAUGAUGCUACCCUGUACGAGAUGAAAUCACAGGUCCUAAUGUCUCUUCAUGAAAUGUUCCCUGCAGUACAUGCAGCUGAAAUGGCCGUGCAGAGAAACCCACAUUCAUGGGAGUCUUGGCAAACUUUGGGACGUGCUCAGCUUGGAUUAGGAGAGAUAGUCCUGGCAAUUCGAAGUUUUCAGGUAGCCCUUCACAUCUAUCCAAUGAACCCUGAAAUAUGGAAAGAAGACCUUUCUUGGGCAAGAACACUCCAGGAGCAGCAGAAGGUAGCACAGAAGAUUAAGAAGUGUGACGCGUCAGCGGAAAUGACACAUUUCUCACCAAAGUCAAUCCCCGACUAUGACUUUGAAAGUGAUGAGAUUGUUGCUGUUUGUGCAGCAAUUGCGGAGAAACAGAAGACAGUUUCAGCAAAUAAGACAAUGGUUAUUGUUUCGGCCUCUGGGACUGUAGAGACGGUCACUGAGAAGGAAGAUGGUGCUACACCACCAGAUGGCUCUGUUUUUAUCAAAGCCCGAUAAAGUAGCAAGAACCCUUUGAAUCUGGCUUUUUGAUUGCUCUUAAAGUUUGAGGCCUAGGGACAUCUACUGUGGAGAGACAGAAUAAAACUCCUGUUUGUAAAAUGAGUUUUGCAGAUGAGGCAUAUAAAAACUAAAUGGUAGAAUUAUCGUGUAGUGUUUGGGCUGUGCUUUGAUAAGUUACGAUUUAAACUUCUUAAGAUUAGAAUUGUGAGUACAGUGGGGUUUGAUUAAUAAACUUAAAAAAAAUAAUCCAAAAAUGUAAGUGAAUGCAUUUUAAAGACACAACUUGAAAAGUGAAUUCUCUAAUAGUGAAUAACUUGAUGGCCAGUGUUAUUAAAAUGUUGACUCGUUGGCUUUUGUUUCACGAUAAAGGAAGUUGGUGAUUUCUUUCCCUCCUAAUACUCCUGUUAGUAUUCACUCUUCUGUUUUUCUGGUUGCAUUAGAGGAAGUCUCCCAAAGCUCAAAUAUUUUUUGACAUUUAUUUUGAUUCAAAGUUGUCAUUUGGUUAUUUUUGGAAUCUUUGAAAGUUUGGCUGAAAAUGCAUGCAACUGUGUACAUUCUAAACAUUUUCUGGACUUUCUCUUCAUUCUGAUUUGUGCUUAUAUUUUGACUUCAAAAUUAUUACAACAAUGGUAGUUGCCUUCUUCAGUAUUAGAUAUGUGAAAUACUGAUCAAUGUCACAAUGAUGGUUUUAUUGUUUUAGUUGUAAAAGUAGAUAGAGUAUUCCUUACCACAAGUGAGUCAUGUUUAAGAUGUGCAUUUUUGAAAAAUGCUUUUAUCGAUGUGUCAUAUCAAAUUGUACUGCUGCACUGGCCCAGUCAAAAGUAGUAUUUUCUUCUCCUUAUUUUUAAAAGCUUAAAAACUCUGAAAAAAACUUACCUUUUGCUUUUAACGUUCCAGCUGACGGUUUGGAAUUCUUUUUCUAGAUAACUUUUUUGGAACUACUCAGUUAAAUUACAAUUUUAAAUAGCUAAAUUAUGUCUUUCUAAAAAAGUAGGGAUGUUUAUGAGUGUCAGUGAAUGUAUAUAUCUUGGGCAUGACAUACAUAGGAACUGAAACAUGACUUAACAGUACAAUCCCAUGAGUAGAGAAGAAUAUAUUUAAAGAAAUAUUUCGUUGAAAGGCCACGAUCGCAUUCACAAAUCAAUACUGUCAUUGCUAAUAUGAGUUAUUUUUAUACUACAUAUAUUAUAGUACAAUUAUAUAGAACUACUGGGUCCUGUUACUUCUGACACUCAGGAAGCUAUUUUUGCUGUAAAAUUAAUUUUUUCCUUGUCAGAGAUGAAAGUAAGCUGUUUUAAAGAAUCUUACCUUAACCUGUUGGAGCAUGUAAGUAAUGGUCUACAUUUUUCUGAGAUGAUUUAAAAAAUGUUUCCUUUAGUGGAAUGCUUACCUCUUUUUUUUUUUUUCAGAGUGUUAUAUUUUCCCUCAAAGUUACAUCAGAAGGUUAGCUGUGGUUAGGUUAGUUUUAGAGUAAUUGAAAAACACAAAUAUUAGUUACAUUUUAUUUUGUUUAAUAAAGGAUAUUCUCACAGGGUAGAUACUUGAGUAUAUACAGAAGUGAGCAUUCACCAUUUGGUAUGUGGUUUUGAGUAGUGGGUUUUUGUUUAUCGUGUAAUUUGUGAAUAAAUAGUUUUUUCUGCACUUUAAAGAUUUGCCUCUGUCUUGUUAGCUUUUGAAAAAUUUGAUUUAUUUAAUUUCUUUCUUAUGUGAAAAUAAAAUAUGUAAGGCACCUUGUAUCUUGCAUAGGAAGUACUCAGUAAAUGUUAGCUACUUCUAUGAAGAACUUGAAUUAGUAUGGAGAUAUUUAACCUCAGUUUCUUCUGAUUUUAGGAAGGUAGGAGAACUUUGUAAUCUUUAUCAGAAAGUGAGAAGUCACUACUUUUGGUAUUAUAGGACAGAUGGUUAUCAGUUCUUGGCAUAACAGGUGGGAUUGUUCUUGGCAUAAAAUCUAUGCCUCAGCCCCAAAAGAGGCAAGACCCAGGAUGGAAGGCAUGUAGCCACUAAAUUCUGUUAACAGAACCUAGUGUUUUUUCUGUAUUAUGGAGAGGGAAGGCAGCUCAUUUAUCCAUGCUCCAGAAGAUUCUCAGCUAGUAUCUUCUAUGCAUGAGGAGAAAAAUGCAUAUAUCAUUUUGUAAAGAUGUGAAUAGUGAUCUACAGACAUUUGCUAAACCUGUUAACUUCACUAACAAAUACUUUUGAGUCUGAAAGAAAAAUAGUUGAUGCUACAGUGAUGUAAUUUAAGAUGUUUAAUAUACCUUCUGAAAUAACACUAAACACUGUAUUGAACAUAGUUUAUAUUAUUCUUGUUUGAAAAUUGUAUGGCGUAGAUACUCAUUAGUCAGAACACCACACAUCCAGGUCAUGCCUGAUAAUUUGAGAAUCCAUAUAUUAUUCUGUAGAUGACAAGAUUUUAGAUUAUAGAGUAUUUAUCCUAAAUGUGCUAAUAAAUACUACAUACACGUUGAAAAAUCAUGCAAGGUAUAAAUCACAGAACCCAGAUCUGUAAUUGGGACCUAGGUGCAAAAUUUUAUGGUACAGUCUUAGCAUAAAGACUUUUAAAUUGAUGUUAUUUGGUAAAACUAUAAUGAAGACUUAACUAAAGAAGCUUUGUCUGAGAAAGCUAAGAGUUUUCAUGCUUAUAACUGACCAGGAUAGCCUCUUCAGUUUGAAAAUUAUGUUUUAUGUAAUGACAUCAAAAGCUUGUCACUACCGUUCCCAGCAGUAAGAAAAGUUUGUAUGUGUGUGUAUAGAGGCUUUUUCACAAAGCCUGAAAACACACACACACACACACACACACACACACAUAUAUAUAUACAUAUAUACAUAUAUACAUAUAUACAUAUAUACACACACACCUUUCUAAUUUGACUCUGGACCAGCCAUUCUGAGCUCUGAUUUCAUGACAUAUGUGUAUCUAAGUGAGUUAUGAGUUGACACAAGAACCAUAGUUCCAUAAUUAUCUUUAAAUCAAUGGGUAUAUUAGAUGUGUUUUUUUCUGAGAGAUUUUUAUCAAGCCUGUGGUGUGUACUUUGUAACUGAUGACAUUUUAGGAUGGAGAAAGUAAGGGUUUUUUUGUGUUUUUUUUAAUACCAGUAAUAAAAUACAGAAAUUUGUGAUUUACUCAUUAUCAAAGUAUAUUAAAAUGAAAUAUGUCACUUAAAAAAUUUUUUUUAAUGUUUAUUUAUUUUUGAAAAAGAGAGACAGUGUGAGCAGGGAAGGGGCAGAGAGAGAGGGAGACAUAGAAUUUGAAGCAGGCUCCAGGCUCUGAGCUGUCGGCACAGAGCGCGACAUGGGGCUCGAACUCAUGAACCACGAGAUCAUGACCUGAGUCGAAGUCGGACGCCUAACCAACUGAGCCACCCAGGCACCCCUGAAAUAUGUCACUUUAGUCACUUGCAAUUAAAUAUGCCCCCUUGAAUGGAAGGGAAGGGGUAGCCCUGGAUAGCCUUGUGGCUGGUGUACCAUGAAUUAUGCCUUUGUGAGUGUUGUAUGUGAACUUGCUGUGUGUGCCAAGGUGGAGAAAUGUUGAUCUACCCUUUGUGGGGAAGUCAGAGGGCAGAGGUAGCCUCCUUUCACGGUGCUUCUUUGGACAUCCAUUAAGCAAGCAAUUGCUCCCUUCCCUUAUCCCUCCCGCCUCCCUGGAAAAGAGCGUUUGGGAUAAAAAACUGGACACGCAAACCCCUUUUUUGGGAUUUAUCAUGUUUGUGGAGCCUAUGUUGUGUUCUCUUGCCAGACAUGUAAACUUUGCAGUGAAGGCUCUCUGCUCUGUGGUUGUGUAGGAUUGCCCAUGCCUUGGUGAGCAGGUCUGUCUAAUUCUGGGUUAGCUAUUAGGUGGCCAUUUUCGGCACAAACCUAAAUUACAUCCUUUAACCUAGAUCUUUCAGCAAUUAAUCUGACAUACUGAAUCUCCAUUUGCCUGACUUGGUCUCUCAAGUGGCUCAGAAGACAGGAGGGGACAAAGGGUAUUAUUUUAUGAUUUCCUCAAACUCCAACAAAAAUUAGUGAAAAUUAUAUUUCAUUUUUUUUAAUAUAAAUUUGUUUAGUCUAUUUUUUAAGUUUAUUUAUUUAUUUUUAGAGAGGGAGAGCAAUCAGAGGAGGGGCAGAGAGAGGGAGAGAGAAUCCAAAGCAGGUUCUGUGCUAUCUUCGAGGAGCCUGACACGGGGCUUAAUCUCAUGGAACUGUGAGAUCAUGAUCUGAGCCAAAACCAAGAGUUGGACACUUAACCAACUGAGCCACUCAGGCACCCUAUGAAAAUUACAUUUCAAAGUAUGAGAUAAAUUAAAAACCAAAUUGGGAAUUUUUUUCUAAUUUUUUUUUUUGAUCAUGGUAAUUCUAUGUUAUUGGAAUGUUCAUUUUAAGGUAAUGUUAAUUGCAAGGUAAUAUGUAAACAUUUUCAGAAUAUUUAAAAGAUCUACUCACUUGGAAUUGUCAUAGACCACAAUAUUGACUUGAUUUAAAAAAAAAAGUUGGGGGGGGUGGCACCUGGGUGACUCAGUGGGUCUAAGUGUCUGACUUUAGCUCAGGUCAUGAUCUUACAGUUCAUGAGUUCGAGCCCCAUGUCAGGCUCUGUGCCAACAGCUCGGAGCCUGGAGCCUGCUUCAGAUUCUGAGUCUCCCUCUCUCUCUGCCCCUCCCCCGCUCACACUCUCUCUCUCUCUCAAAAAUAAAAUAUUUUUUAAAAAUUAAAAAAAUUUUUAAUGUUUAUUUUUGAGAGAGAGUGCGAGCAGGGAAGGGCAGAGAGAGAGAGACACACACACACACACAGAAUUUGAAGCAUUCUGAGCUGUCAGCACAGAGCCUGGCACGGGGCUUGAACUCGCGAACCGUGAGAUCGUGACCUGAGCUGAAGUCGGACACUUAACUGACUGAGCCAUCCAGGUGCCCCGUUGACUCACUUUAAUUAGAAUGAAAGAAUGUAAAAUAAAUCAAAUUCUCUGCCUACCCUGUCAACUUUCUUAAAAGUGUAAUAUACAUAUAAUAAAAUGCACCCUAUGUUAUAAGUCUACAGUUAGAGUUUUUUGGGUUUUUUUUUUAAUAUUUAUUUUUUGAGAGAGAAAAUCCCAAGCAGGCUCCACAUUGCUGGUGUGGAACCUGAUGUGGGGCUCGAUCCCACAAACCAUGAGUUCAUGACCUGAACUGAAAUCAAGAGUUAGUCACUGAACCACCUGAGCCACUCAGGUGCCCCUACAGUUUGUAGAGUUUUAACAAAUGUGAACAACCACAGAAUCCCCAAUACCAUCAAGAGAUAGAAUAUUUACAUCACCCAAAAAGUUCUCUAAUGCUCAUUUGCAGUCAGUUCUUCUCCACUGCAACAACCAGUACUGUUCAACUACUGUACUUCCUGUGACUGUAAAUUAGAUUUGAUUUUUGUAGAAUUUCGAAUAAACCAUACAAUAUUUACUCUGUGUCUGACACUUUUUGUUCAGCAUACUUUUGAAAUCCACCCAUGUUGGGAUUCAUCUAUGCUAUUUUGUAUAUUGGCAAUAUGUUUUAUUUUUAUUGCUGGGUAUUAUUCUGUUGUAUGGAUACACCACAAUUUGUAGCUAUUCAUAUAUGUUGAUGGACAUCUAGGUUGUUGAUAAACAUCUAAGUUGUGGUCUCUUAUGAAUAAAGCUGCUGUGUACAUAUGUUGCA